CAUGGAGUUAAUGUGUUCUUCAAACUAUCAUAUGAACUGCCCAUGAACAAGUCAGCAUCACAAGAAGGAUCCUCUUUGUCUUGGAGGAUGCGUGGGAAACGCACUAACAUGCACUUGCUCUCAGUGCGUUACCACCUCACCGCAAAACCUCCCCACUUUCCUUUACUUUUUCGAGCACACGGAUUUAAAAUUCAUCGAACUUAGCACAACAAACAUCUUAUCAGCAAGUCCCAUAGCACAACAUUCUAACAUUACCUCCGCUCAAAAAAACAUGGCCUUCAACAGCAAACCCAAGAAACCUCAUGCCAUCCCUUCUCAAUCUAAAUCCAGUCUAUGCACCACGCUUUUCUUCAUUGUUCUCUUCACCAUCCCUGCCCUUUUUCUCCUCCAUGCCCCAACCACCUCCAUUUGCACCACCUUGAUUGCCAACCAUGCCAAUAAGCCCUGGUCAGGUGAUCUAAGAAACGCGGACUUUGCAUGGAACCGCCUUGCCUUCAUUGAAAAUAAACCCCCUCCGGUCAAGCUCAAGAUUGCUGUUUUCUCUCGCAAAUGGCCUGUUGGCACAACCCCUGGUGGCAUGGAACGCCAUGCCUACACUUUACACACCGCUCUAGCUCACCGCGGCCACCAAGUGCAUAUCUUCACCUCUCCUGUAGAUGAAAAUAACCCAUCUGUUUCUCAUGGUAGUGCGAUAUCUUAUCCACAAAUUCAUUUUCAUGAAGGCGAGCCAGGCAAGUGGAGGUAUAACAAGGCAUGGGAGCAAUUUGAUGAGGAGAACCAACGUGAAAGACCAUUUGAUGUGGUUCACUCGGAGAGUGUGGCUUUGCCUCAUUGGUUAGCUCGCAACGUUCAGAAUCUUGCAGUUUCCUGGCAUGGUAUAGCUCUUGAAAGCUUACAAUCAAGUAUUUACCAGGACUUGACACGAAAACCAAAGGAGCCCAUCUCUCCUGAUUUUAAUAGAAGUCUCCAUGGUGUUGUCCCUAAAGUGCUUAAUGAGAUAAGGUUUUUCAAGAACUAUGAACAUCAUGUUGCUAUUAGUGAUAGUUGCGGUGAGAUGCUAAGGGAUGUGUAUCAGAUUCCUAGCAGAAGAGUUCAUGUAAUUGUCAAUGGUGUAGAUGAACAUGGUUUUGGAGUAGAUGUGAGAUUAGGCCAUGAGUUUAGGUCUAAAAUUGGUGUCCCAAUUAAUGCUAGUUUAGUACUUGGUGUUGCUGGAAGACUAGUGAAAGAUAAAGGGCAUCCUCUUCUCUAUGAAGCAUUUUCCGAGUUCAUGACAAAACACCCUGAUGUCUAUUUAAUUGUGGCAGGGUCUGGUCCCUGGCAGCAAAGAUACAAAGAACUAGGCACUAGAGUCUUGGUUUUGGGAUCUAUGAGUCCAUCUGCAUUGAGGGCAUUCUAUAACUCGAUUGAUAUCUUUGUGAAUCCAACACUUAGGCCUCAAGGGCUUGAUCUUACUCUCAUGGAGGCAAUGAUGAGUGGAAAACCAGUUAUGGCAUCAAGAUUUCCUAGUAUUAAAGGUACUAUUGUUGUUGAUGAUGAGUUUGGAUUCAUGUUUUCUCCAAACGUGGCGUCUUUACUGGAGGCAUUGGAAGCUGCGGUGAUGGAAGGAUCAAGAAGACUAGCUCAAAGAGGGAAGGCGUGCCAACAGUAUGCUGCUUCCAUGUUCACUGCCAGUAAGAUGGCUUUGGCAUAUGAAAGGUUAUUUCUCUGUAUCAAAAAUGAAACAUAUUGUACUUAUCAUUAGUUAGAAUAUAGGCUCUUUUUUUGGUUUUACAUUUUUAUUUAAUUUUUACAGGAAAAACUAUUGAAAUAUACCAUGUUGCUUCAGUUUGUUUGCUUCAAAGAA